AACUAAAAAAUUAAUAUAUAUGUCCGAAGACGAAAAUAAAUUAUCUAAUAUUCGCAAUAUUGGUAUCAUGGCUCACAUUGAUGCUGGUAAAACUACUACUACCGAACGAAUACUUUACCAUUGUAAAAAAAUCUGGAAAAUGGGUGAAGUCCAUGACAAGGAAGAACACCAAAUAAACAUUAUUGACACUCCCGGACAUGUUGACUUUACUGCCGAAGUGGAAAGAUCUUUGCGAGUUUUGGAUGGGGGAAUAGUCGUAAUGGAUGGCAAAAAAGGAGUGGAAGCUCAAACUGAAACUGUUUGGCGUCAAGCUAAAAAAUAUAAUGUUCCUCGGAUAAUUUUCAUUAAUAAAAUGGAUGGAGUAGAAAAUGAGGAAAAAUUUGUCGAUAACUUAAAAAGUAUUCGGGAGAAACUUGGAGUUGAACCACUACCGAUUCAGUUUCCGAUUGGUGCUGGUCGGGAAUUAAAAGGAAUAGUAGACAUAAUCGAGCAAAAAGCUUAUUAUUAUCACCAGUUAGGUGAUAAGGAAAAAGCCAAGGAAGAGGAGUAUCAAGUAAAAGAAAUUCCUUCCCACUUAGUAGAAAGAACUAAAAAAUAUCGGCAUGAAUUAGUAGAAAAAAUAGGAAAAGUAAUUGAACAAAAUGAGGAGUUGCUUUUAAAACAUUUAGAGGGUCAUGAAUUAUCGGUCGAGGAAAUCAAAAAAAUGCUGCGCCAAGCCACUUUAACCGGUGAAUAUUUUCCAGUAUUUUGUGGUUCGGCUUAUAAACAUGUAGGAGUGAAGUUACUUUUAGAUGGAGUGGUAGACUAUUUACCUUCUCCAUUAGAUGUAGGCGAAAUACCUACUUUCUCACUCCUAGAUAAAAAUAAAGAAGGAUCGAUUAACUGCAACAGUCCCUUACCUUAUUUAGCUCUGGUUUUUAAAAUUGUAUUCGAUGACCGCAAUCAGAGAGUAACCUUUAUUCGGGUUUAUGCAGGAAAGAUUUCAGCCGGCUCCCAAAUCUAUAAUGUUAAUCAAGGAAAAGAGGAAAGGAUAAGAAGUCUGGUUCGAAUGCAUGCUAACAUCAAAGAAGGAAUUGAAAAAGUGGAAGCUGGUGAUAUUGCAGCCAUAAUCGGAUUAGAAUACGCUAUUACCGGUGACACUUUUGGGGAUAGAAAGAAUCCUUUACUACUAGAAGCCAUUGAUUUUGCUGAGCCAGUGAUUUCCCAAGCCAUUGAACCAAGGACAAACAAAGACAAGGAUAAAUUAAGGGAUGCCUUAGAAAAUUUAAAAGUUCAAGACCCCAGUUUUAAAUAUCGAAUGGAUCGCGAGACUGGGCAAAUGAUUAUUGCCGGUAUGGGAGAACUUCAUUUAGAAGUUUCGGUAGAAAGAUUACGAAAAGAAUAUAAACUGGAUAUUGAAAGUAAACAGCAAAAAGUAUCUUAUCGGGAAACAAUUACCAAAAAACUAGCAAACAUAGAAGGAUGA